AUGGAUGGCCAAGCUGAUACAAAGAAAAUACCCAUAACUGCAAAAGGAAAUCAAGAUGAUGCUGGAAAAGCAUCAGUGACAUCAUCACAUCUCUCAGUGGAGCAGGAGCUUAGAGAGGCUGAACAACUGUUAAAGGAAAUCGACCAAGAGGAAGAGAAAAGUGCUGUAAAUUCUAAAGUCAGUUCAGAUUCUCAUGAAAAUGGUUCAGCUGAUGCAGCAACAUUAAAAUUCAAAUACUUAGACAAUGUGGAUUAUAUUCUAGACAGUGAUUUAGACACUGCACGAUCAGAGGUGUUAGACCCAGAAAUUGUGGUGGACAACAAAGGCAAUAGAGCAUCUCCUUCAAAAUCCAAAAGGAAACCCAAAACGGUCACUUUCGAUGAAAUACCACACGUACAGGAGCUACAGUACUUCCCUGAAGAAUUGCUUUCCCCGGAAACUUCUGAUGCCGAAGAUGCUCAGUAUGGUGAAGGUGACUUUGAAGGUGACAGCCUGGAUGACUUGGAAGCCGAGAUCUUAUUGGAUGCAGCACAGAAGCCAGAUUCUGAUUCGUCCCCAGUGUCCUCAGGUGGGAAUGAUGAUAAAUCAGUUACUGUUGAUGGCAUAGUGGAUAAGGAAGGUCUUGAUCAGUUGGAAGAAGAAUUGUUCAACAGCUUUGCAUUAAAACAAUCAGAUGGGUCUGAGGCAUCUCAGAGUUCAGACAUGGAUAGAGAGAUUAAUUUAGUGCAAAAUGGAAGUAAUUCCAAUGCAAACCUCUCUGAACUAAAGGUCAGGACAAAGUGCUUAAAACAAGACUUAGACACUUUGGAGCUUCAAGAGGAGGUCCCAAAUGAUCAGAAUGAUCAAACACUUUCUUACGAACACCCUCUGAACUAUGGUGACUUGAGCCCUAGAGGUCAAGAUGUCUUUGACCCAUCCUCAGAGGACUUGAGUCUAACAAUGAAGAUGAUCCUGCAGUCAGAAAACUUAGAACCUCCUGUUUUUACAGAAGAUUCCAGAGAUGUGAAAGAUGAUGAACCUGCAUCUAGUCAGGAUACAAGUGAGAACAGAUCGAAUUGUAGUAACGGACAAAUACAGGCACACAUUGAAACUCCACCAGUGAAUCUUGUUGAUGUGAUACAAACAGAUGAGAAAUGUUUAGAACAAAAGGGUACCGAUCACACUGCUUCAGACAAUAAAUCAGGAGAGAGUAGAGAAAACAUCAAGACAUCUCAGGAUUCUGAAACGGACUCCAUAGGCAAGACGACUGAAGUACCAGCCAGUAGAGUUGACCAAAAUGAGACUUUAGAAACUGCAAAUUUAAAGGAAGAAAAUACCUACCCUAGUGAAUUUCAAGCAGAAGAGAAGUCAAAUAGUGUACCUGAAACAGUUCCAGAAGCAAACACCACUACAAAUGCAUCUGAUGACAUCAGUGAUGUUCAAAAAGCUCAGAAUCCUGACAGUAACAAGGAUGAAUGCUCUGUAGUAGCAGAAGUGGAAGGGAAUUCCACUGAGGCUGAAACUUCUUCUCAAUUGGACAAUUCUGCAAGCCAAGACAAUGACAAAAUCUCGUCAGAACUUAAAGGUCAUUUUAGUGUCCAUGAACCAAUGGAAAGUGAAAAAGAUGCUGUGUUAUUAAACAAAGAAGACUGUGAAGCUGUUGUUUCAGAGAAAAUGGUGGCAUCUGAUCAAGCGUGUCCUUCAGAUUCUGAUGAGAAUGGAGCUGAUACAGACGAAAACAUGGCAGCACCUGAUAAAGAAAGGUCUGAAAGCUCUGACGACACUAGGACAGGGUCACAGGUAAUCCCUGAGCCUCUGCCACAGGAUCUGAAGAUUCACUCUUCUGAAGCAUCAUUGUCUGAAGAUGCAUUAAAAAAUAUGACACCAACAGAUACAUCUACAACGCAGGACGCUGCCAUUGCUCAGGAUAUAACCCAGGGGUCUUCUUACGGUCUGGCAGAUUUAAGCAGUGACAGUGGGGAUGGGACAGAGAACCAAGUUUCACAAGAGAUUUUCACAGAUAGGACAUUGACAGAUCCGACGGAUGAUGAGACCUCUUUUAUUGCUGCAGAGUCUGACUUCUCACCUUCAGGAGAAGGUUCAGUUGAUGCAGACCCAGCAGCAAAAGAAACCACUUUUCAACAAUCUUCUUUGGAGGACGAUGAAAGUGGAUCUAAAAAAACAGAACUGUUACCCCCUGAAAGUGAUUCUGCAUGUGAAAAGCCUGGAGUAGAGGUAACUGAGAGACAGACAUUGGCUGAACAGGCUGAUAUGCAUUUGAAAGAUGCUAUUACAGAAAUGCCAGAACAAAAUCAACUGGAAACCGUUGAAUCUGAAGCUGCACCAAAGUCAAUGGUUGAACAGCCACCAGAGGUGAAACAAGCUGAAGGAGAAAACAAACAAGAAGCUGAAAUCAAGCAAGCUGGAACUGAAAACAAACAAGAAGCUGAAAUCAAACAAGCUGAAGCUGAGAACAAACAAGAAGCUGAAAUCAAACAAGCUGAAGGAGAAAACAAACAAGAAGCUGAAAUUAAGCAAGCUGAAGGAGAAAACAAACAAGAAGCUGAAAUUAAGCAAGCUGAAGGAGAAAACAAACAAGAAGCUGAAAUUAAGCAAGCUGGAGCUGAAAACAAACAAGGGGAAACGGAAAUGAUUCACUCUGAAACACAUAAAGGAAUGCACUUAGUCAAAACAAUGCAUCUGGAAGCUGACAACAGACAACAUGAGUCAGAUGAAACAGAAUCAUCAAUGUCCAAAUUGGAAACAUCCCAAGAGAAAGGAAUAGCACAGUCUGAGACAAAGGAGACGGCCUCAGAUCUGGAUCUCAAGAACCCAUCUGAAGCUUCACCAAAGUCAAUGGUUGAACAGCCACCAGAGGUAAAGGCAGACAUCAAACAAGCUGAAGGAGAAAACAAACAAGAAGCGGAAAUCAAACAAGCUGAAGGAGAAAACAAACAAGAAGCUGAAAUCAAACAAGCUGAAGCUGAGAACAAACAAGAAGCGGAAAUCAAACAAGCUGAAGCUGAAAACAAACAAGAAGCUGAAAUUAAGCAAGCUGAAGGAGAAAACAAACAAAAAGCUGAAAUCAAGCAAGCUGGAGCUGAAAACAAACAAGAAGCUGAAAUCAAACAAGCUGAAGCUGAAAACAAACAAGGAGAAACUGAAACGAUUCACUCUGAAACAGAUAAAGGAAUGCCAAUAGCAGAAACAAUGCAGCUGGAAGCUGAAAACAGACAACAUGAGUUAGAUGAAAGAGAAUCAUCAAUGUCUAAAUCAGAAACAUCCCAAGAGAAAGAAAUAGCACAGUCUGAGACAAAGGAGAUGGCCUCAGAUCUGGAACCUAAGAAAAUUGAAGCUACAUCAAUGUCUGAUUAUACGCAAUCCACAGAAUUGGAAAAGUCAGAAAUAGUAGCAGAACCAUUUGCGAUAAUAGUUGCUGUUGAGCCAUCAAUGUCAGACAUAUCACUGGCACAGACAGUUGAGUCGGAUGUAAAUGUGUCAUCACAGUCUGGAACCAAGGGAGAAUCAUUAGCUGAAGUUGAACAAGGAGGUGUACAAUCAAAUACCUCGUCAGAAGCUGAAGGACUUGCAUUGACAGUGAAACGUGAGGCUCAGGCAGAAGAUACAUCAUUCUCUGGUGCUGAGAAAGUAAAGCCAGGUUCAAACUCACCAGAAGGCACAAAAGGAGUAAGGCCGAGACUAGUAAAUUUUUCAAAUAUUUCAAAAAUGGAGCAGGCUGAAGUAUCCUCACCCAAAAUAGUAGUCACUCCACCACAGAUGGAAGGCAAAGCAUCAGAGGGGAUGGUUUAUGAAGCAGAAACUGAAAUGGUGGUUUCUGCAGGAGUAGAGACAAAGACCCCUGAAAUGGAAAAGACUGAAUUAGUAUCUGCACCAGAUAGCAUUCAGUCUUCCAUGGGUGAAAGCAUAAAGGACUCUGAUGAAAAGUUUGCAUAUAUGGAUGUGACGGAGGCAGACACAGAAACAGCUCCACCAGAAGUAGUCAUCCCACAAGGUACUGAUUUAGCUGAGUUGGUCCCAACUGAGUUGGUGCAGGCUGAAGUGGUAUACACAGUUCCUACAUAUACUUCUGAACCAGUGCCACUCCGAAGAUAUGGGUCCUCUGUACAUAGCAAACCUGCAGUUGCUGUGAUAAUGCCCGUGGAAUUUAAGGAAGAAGUGAUGCAGCCCAUAAAGCUAAUUGAAGAGAUACAAACAGAUGUGUGUGAGAGGAGCAGAAAUGAAGAGCAGAGAGAGACACAAGAUAUCUGUCUGGUAACACCAGAAUUGGCAAACGCCCAUAUGAUAGAGCCGGAGAUGCCAGCUGAAACAGGAGGUGAAACAAACUCAAAACAGGAGUCAGGAGCAGAAAAUUCUAAGCAAGAAAUGCUACAAGGUAAAGAAAUAACUGCAUCAAGAACUGAAAAUGGACAACAAAUGAAAGAGCUAACACUAGCACAGGAUGAGGUCAAUUCACAGGAGCAAGACACAGAUGUUGUUCAGGCUGAAGCGUCAGAAGUGGACCAUAGACAGACUGAGACAACAGAAAGCUCUGAAGUGACUCAAGUAGCAGCUGAACAGAAACUAGUCACCUCUCAGACAGGGGAUGAAACUGAGCCUUUGGAAGCAAAAACAUUGCACGAUACAACCGAUGUGGUCCAUGACCUGCGAAUUACGAAAGAAGAGGCAGAGAUAUCAGAAACCAAGAAUGAUUCCGUCAUUCUGGAGGCAGACCCUGCGCCACCUGGUGAGGGAGUGAUGGAUUCAGGAAUGCUCACACAGCUGGAACAUGAAACAGGUGAUGCCACUGAGGAGACGGCAGCAGCAGCAGCAGAUCUGAAGACAGUCGCAGGCCCACUAGGUCUAGAUGUGACAGAAAAUAGUGAAAUACUUGAGAGGGUAGCUGAAUCAUGCGAGACUGCACACUGUGCGUUAGAAAAGCAGCCCUCUGUAAGCGGUUUUGUUUCUGGCCUUCCCAGCAGUUCUGCUCAGGCUGAAACCGAGGAUGUAACUAAAACAUCUGGCAAAGGGAAUAAACUGGAAAAGAAGCCCGGUGACAAUCCCUUACAUGAUGCAUGUGGGCUGGUUGAGGGUCAGGCAAGUGGUUCUGCGCAUGCUGAAACGACAGGGAAUACCAAUAGCGCUGCAGGGAACCAAGAGACAGUGGUAACAGAGACACAUGCAGCUGAAACAUCUGGCAAGGGGAAAAGACUGGAGAAGAAAUCUUCUGACAAUACCCUUCCUGAUGUUUAUGGGUUUAUCACCUCACAGCCUAGCACCUCGCAAACCCCAGAUCAAGUCCGCGUUACUGGGAAUUCGGGAUCAUCUACAGAGGCAGCCUCUUCUCCAGUGCCUUCGACCGAACGCUCUGCGAAUGUUGAAGGCAUAUAUAGGCAUACGGCACUCCAACCCAGCACAUCUUCAGAUCAGGUCACAGAGGAAAUGCUGGAAAAACUGAGCAAGGAAAUUGUGGACGAGGUUUUGGAGAGGUCAAAGGGAGCCAUAAUGAAAACAGCGGCUAACAACCAAGAAAUGGCAACCAAAUCCUCUUCAUUUGAGGACAUCAGGGACGUUUUAAACUCCAGCAAAGACUCUGGGAACAGCACAUGCAGUGCCUUAGAAACGGCUCAGGAAUCGUCCUAG